CCUCCUCUCUUCUCCCGCGACCUCCCCCCUACCCCCUCUCAACCGCCCCGUCCCCUCAGCGCCGCCCGCCGUCUCCCCGAACCCUAGCUUCGCCGGCGUCGGGGACGACCACCUCGUCGGCCUCACCAGGCCGCAGGCCCUCAAGCCCCACGCCGUCCUCGGCCUCGCCCUCUCCACCGGCGGCGCCCCUUCCUCCGCCCCUGCAGCGCAGCAGCAGUAGUAAACAGCCUGCAGGUAAGAUGAUGAUGGUUUUCCAUGAGGUUAUCGAGGAGCUGUCGGCCUGUGUUCAUUCUGGUGGGGAGAAUGCAGUAGAUGAUCUUUUUUUCAGCCUGCAUUGCGCUCCGCUGCUAUGAACUUUUGAAAGGACCGCGCGACGGAAGCCACUGCAAGCUAUUGUGUGUUUCUCUGAAUGUUGUGUUUCUUCAGUUCUUUAUCCAUUCUUCGUUCCUGCUGAAUGUCAUGCUAAUCUAGUUUGUUUUUGUUUUGCACAUCGGUAGGCAAAGCCUAGUGUUUGUUUCAGACAUUUACUGAAACUGAACCAAGGAAAUUUGGAUUUCAUAGUUACAGUUGCAGGAAAAGGUCAUAUUAUGAGUGAAAUAUAUUUAAAAUGUCUAUUUAGUUCUAUUUUCAGAUAUAACCUUGUAAGUAGAAACAUGUAUAACUCAAGUAAACCAUACAUCUAGUUAAUAUUGCACAGGCAGCAAUGUUAAGUCUUACUAUGAACCUAGCAAUAAAAAUGAUGAAGCUCCUGUCAAUUUUUGACAUAUCUUAAGUUCUUAACAAGACAUGUUUGUCGUCUUUUAGCUAGUGUGAUGAGAUUUUGGUACCUGUACAUUCCUUGUACCAACUUAGGCAAAUAAUAAUUUAUUUGUUUUUGUGACAGUUGGUUGAGCACAUCUUCUAGCCUCUUGUGAAUACAUCUGGGACAACGCUUCACAUCAGUCAGAGAUGGCGGGAAGCAGCCACCGCCGAUCUGCGACACCGCAGUACGAGUUGGAUGCUUCCGAGUUCUUCACUAUCAUACUUGAGGCUUCAGUAUCAUCCAUGACGCAGAGGCUGCCUGACAGUUUUAUGAACAUGCUGAUGGGUGAAGAUCCGCCAAAUAAUGUGAAGCUGCGACAGGCCGGCAGCGGGUUUCGCAGGCAGUGGGAUGUGCAGUUGGUGAUCAAGAAGGGCCACAUGUACUUGUCUCGUGGGUGGGAGAAGUUCUACCGUGCCUACGACCUGCAGCUGGGGUACUUCCUUCUCUUCAGGUACGACGACGAUGCCAACAUGCUCAUCGUGUAGGUGUUCAACAAGACUAUGGGUCGCAUGCGCUAUGCUGCCGAUGAUGAUGCCGGUAAUGGGAGCAGCAGCAGCGACACUGGCUACAGCCAAAGCAGCAGCGGCUAUGACUGUAGCGAAAGCAGCAACGAUUCUGGCUGUAGCGAAAGCAGCAGCAAUUCUGGCAGCAGCAUA